AUGGCUGGGUCAGGUAGAGGAAGAGGACGUGCUGCGUUUACCUUCGACAUUGAGGCUAUUGGCUUUGCUAAAGGUGCAGCUCUACCCGAUGUCGUGUGUAAGCCUCCACCGCCAUUUCCUAGUACAGACAAUAAGCCAGUGCCUCUGAAAACAGGAGAAGAUGAAGAUUACAUGUUGGCCUUAAAACAAGAUCUUAGAGGAACUAUGAAAAAAAUGCCAUAUUUUUUGGCAGUAGAAGAAGAUCGUGAAGCAAUUGAGAGGUACAGUAGAAAGUACCAGGACAGUGAAAAGGAGCAUGCAACAUGGACCCCAGAUUGGAGAAGACUCCCAAGAGAGAUGAAGCCAAAGAAAAAGACCAAAAAAGCAGGUGCAAAACCAAAAAAGGCAAAAAGCUCUGAGCCUAAGAGCAAUCUGGAUGUGUUGAAAAAAAUUGAGGAGAUUGCCUUGUCACAGGAGUUGGAAAAGAAGGAUGAUGAAGAAGAAAAAUCUGAAGAUGAGAAAGACAAAACAAAAGACAAAGAAGGUGAAGAUGAUGAAGAAGCAGAAGAACCAGAGGAAUAUGAUGAAGAGGAGCAUGAAGAGGAAAAUGACUACAUUUCUUCGUAUUUUGAAGAUGGAGAUGACUUUGGUGCUGGCAGUGAUGACAAUAUGGAUGAAGCAACGUAUUAG